UCUCCGUUCAAUCACACAGUAACAGACUUUAUCACGAAACAAAAACCUCACUGCUUAAUUUAACCUUCCAACCUCCAGAGCUGCAUGGUCCACUAAUCCAGCUCACAAAAGCAAGCCUGCUGCUCUUUUAUUCUCCCCUAGGCUGAGCACUGUGUUGAGCCCAACAGCUGAUCAGUUCUGGAACGUCCCAGCAGCGUGCCAGCGGCCUCCGAUGUUUAUUUAGCCGGCUGCUGGCUGGGCGAGGGGCCCCCCGCAGCCGGCUUUGCGUGCGCCCGCCCGCAGAUGAGCUAUGUACCGGCGCAGCUACGUCUUCCAGACCCGCAAGGAGCAGUACGAGCGCGCAGAGGAGGCGCCCGACCGCCUGGUCGAGGGCCGGGCUUCGGCGCCUACCCUGGCGGCGCUGCAAGGCCUUGGCGAGCGCGUAGCCGCCCAUGUCCAGCGGGCCCGCGCGCUUGAGCAGCGCCACGCAGUCCUCCGGCGGCAGCUGGACGCCUUCCAGCGCCUAGGAGAGCUGGCUGGCCCGGAGGAUGCCCUCGCCCGCCACGUCGAGGGCAACCGCCAGCGCGCCCGGGACCUGGCAGCCGAGCGCGCCCGGCUGGAGCGCCAGGGCGCGGAGGCGCAGCGCGCGCUGGACGAGUUCAGGAGCAAGUAUGAAAACGAAUGUGAGUGUCAACUGCUGCUAAAAGAGAUGCUUGAGCGACUUAACAAGGAAGCUGAUGAAGCCUUACUGCAUAACCUGCGCCUUCAGAUCGAAGCCCAGUUUCUACAAGACGAUAUCAGCGCGGCAAAGGACAGGUACAAAAAGAAUCUUCUGGAAAUUCAGACCUAUGUCAGCAUCCUGCAGCAGAUCAUCCAGACCACCCCUCAAGCAUCUAUAAUUACAGGUGGGAUGCGGGAGGAGAGGCUCCUGACUGAGCGGGAGGCAGCCGCCCUGCAGAGUCAGCUGGAGGAGGGCCGGGAGGUGCUGUCUCUCCUGCAGGCGCAGAGAGCCGAGCUACAGGCCCAGACAGCGACCCUGGAACAAGCUAUUAAAGAUGCCCAGGAGUGUUAUGAUGACGAGAUUCAGCUCUAUAACGAACAGAUUGAAACCCUGCGGAAGGAGAUUGAAGAGACUGAGAGGAGCCUGGAGAAGUCUUCCUAUGAUUGCCGGCAGCUGGUAGUCGCCCAGCAAACCCUGAAGAAUGAGCUGGACCGGUAUCAUCGGAUCAUUGAGAAUGAAGGCAACAGGCUGAGCUCUGCUUUCAUUGAAACGCCUGUCACUCUCUUCACUCCAGGCCAUGGAGCCUCUCUCAGCCCUCUGCCCAGCAGGAAAGAUCUAGCCAGAGCUGUUCAGGAUAUUACAACAGCAAAACCAAGACAAAAAGGCCUCCCCAAGAACAUUCCAAGGAAAAAGGAGAUUAUAGCUAAAGAUAAAGCAGAUGAAAGUCUGGAAGACACACCACUGAAAGGUCCAGAAGACACAAAGCCAGUGCAGGUGGUAGUUAAAGAAGGAGGUGAACCUAAGCUUGAAUCAGAGGGUGAAGAAGCAAGUCCUCCCACCCUAGAAAGGGCUCCGGAGGACGUGCCAGAUGGAGGGAAGAUAAGCAAAGCCUUUGGGAAACUCUGCAAAAUGGUCAAGGAGAAAGUGAGAAGCCCUAAGGAGCCUGAGCCCCCAGCCGACCUCUACACCAAAGGCCGGUAUGUGCUGGUCUCCGGGGAUGCUAGUUACGUGGACCCUGGGUUCUGUUCCUCAUCUAUCCCAGCCAGGGGUGGAGUGGUUGUUGCCAUUGAGGACGACUCUCCGCAUCGUGACAGUCCUGUUGAGCCCUCUCCUGAGCAGCCUGAGCCCCCUCUGGAGAAUGGACAGGAGGGUCCACAAGGGAGAGAAGAUGGACACUCACCCAACCAGCAUACUGCGGACAAGGAGAAUGAGAUAGACACUGAAGAACUGAAAGGUCCUAGGGAGAAGCAUGAUGGCCAGAAGAAGGAUGAAGGGCCCAGGAAGCCCUGUCUCGUGGUCGUACCUGGUCCAGAGGGACCAUCUGCACCCCUACCCCCAAAGCCUGCAGCCAGUCAGGGUGGAUCUGAGGGGCAGGGGUCUAGGAGCAGCAACCUGCAAGAGAGAAGCCCUCCCAGGACUUUGGCAUAUGAGAAAGUGGAAGUGAUGGAAUCCAUUGAGAAGUUUUCAACUGAAAGCAUUCAGACAUAUGAAGAAACUGCCGUAAUUGUGGAGACCAUGAUUGGAAAGACGAAGACAAACAAGAAGAAACUGGGAGAGAAUGGCUCUGAAAAUGCCUAGGCUCCAUGGGAGAAAUGUCUCUGGGCCACUGUAGGGGAAGUGCUUUUGAUGUAGAAAAAAUGAUAAAAGAGUGAGAGUUCCUGUUUGGGUUAGACUAUAAUUGGCCCACCUGGCAUUGCCAAUGAAGCCUUAAUUAAAAAGUUUUCUUUGCUUGCA